AUGUUCCAUUCCAAAACCGCGCUCAGCUGCGGUGUGCGUGAGUUUCUAGAGAGUCAAGGGGUCCGCAAUGCCCGUGUAUCAAUUGAGCUAUUUCCAGACAUUCGGGGUGUUAAUGGCAGCCGCAACACAACGGCCAGCAGCAUUGCCGUAUCGGUUAGUGGCGAUGAGCACCUUCCAGUGUUGGAUCAACAGCAACUUUCUCCUUCCUUCACAUGUGCCACCACUACAGACGCAUCCCGCGACGGCAAGGCUGUUCAAAAGACUGCGGCAGCCGCGUCAUUGUGUUUAAGCUCCACAACAGCCCAUUCGUCGCCAGGCUCGCGGCAUACGAGUGUUGUGCUUGUGGAGGAGCAAAAGACGACUGAGCAGCCCGUUCGCUACACUCCAGCCGCUGCCACUCCGGUAUUUAGCAUUCUCAGCACGGAUGUGGGGGAUGUCACGGAUCGUCACGGAGCUUCUUCCCAGGGAGUGAGUAAUGUUCAUGUUGUUGACGUUGUUGAAGUGGAAGAACCACGAUAUCAGCCCAUUUUUGGUGAUGCGGGGAUGGAAGCGAACCCUCCAAGCAUUCUAAUUUCCUCCUCAACAGGACUUCCAUGCCGAAACAGUACCGGCCAGAACAUUAACAACUCUAAAGCAGACUCCUUAAAGCUUCCUUCGCUCGCGGAGAAGGGCGAUACCGUCACGAAUAGCAACAACAACAGCAGCGACAAACUGACCCAUGAAGAGAAUACCAGCGGCGAAUGCUUUAGCCGGGGCAAGGACUUAAACAGCAAUGGCAAUACGAAAAGGAAGGAACUGAGGCCGCCCAAGGUUUACUCUGGCCGCGUUGCACCGUGUGAAGAGGACAGUAAAAAACGUCUUCAAGACCUUCUGAGGGAGCAGGAAGCUAUGGAACGGGAGAGUUUGGAGGGCCUUUCUCAACACGAUAAAAUUGUUAAGGAAGCGGAGAAGUACCUGGAGGAGUUGCGGCAAGUUUGGCAUGGCAGUAAAUCCUCCAAUGGGGAGCAACCACCACGCCAACACCUUAGCGCCCCCAACGCACGACCUCAAAGCAGCUCACGAGGUCCGAAAAACCCGUCCACGGCUGUUGUUAACCUCAAUGAAAUCAAAGUAGUAAAAUUUACACUUCCUACCAGUGCAAAAGCGAAGGAAGAAGUGUUGGUGCAACUCCGAGCCAGCGCGAAAGGGGCCCAACAUUUAACGAAUAAGGAUAAAUUUUCCCUACUGCUGCGGGAGCAGCAAGCAAUGCUGCACGACAAUGCCUCCACGGAAGAGGAGUACCAAAAGCUGCUCCAGCAGGCUGUUUCUUAUCAUGAACGGACGAAUUAA